AUGUCAAAUAACACAAGUAGAUUAAAUGUUGUUGAAACAAGCGUAGAAAACAGUGAAGAUGGAAGAUCAUUAGCAACAGUUGAUGACAGUAUGCCAAAAUUAGGGAUUAAUCGACCAAAAACUAAACUGUAUCCAUCACAAUUAACACUUUCUAAUGAUACAACAGAUGGUGAAUGCGAUGAUUUAAAUUCGAAGAACCAAGAUAAUGUAAACAGUAAUACACAAAUUCAAAUGUUAAGUCAUGAUGUUAGUGAAGAAAAAAUAUAUUCAAAUAACAUAAAGUUAAAUGAUAUAUUACCUGCAGUACAAUCAAUGUUUGAUAAUUUGAAACUUGAUCCAACUAAACAAUUCAAUCGUGUGGAUGAGCACGUCAAAGAUUUCGAUAAAAAGUUUGAUGAAAAAUGA